AUGUGGAAGAGGAAAGGGCGGCAAGGUCAAAUGAAAUGCCAAGUGCAGAUCAAGCAGAGCUGGUUUGCAGUUUGCAUUCUAGAGUUAGCCGAAAACAAUGCCAGAGACAACAAAAAGACCCGUAUCAUCCCUCGUCAUCUUCAGUUGGCAAUAGGAAACGAUGAAGAGUUAAACAAGCUCUUGGCCGGAGACACCAUCGCCCAGGGUGGCGUUCUUCCAAACAUCCAAGCCAUCCUCUUGUCCAAGAAGACUGCUAAGGUUGGCGGAAGCGGUUCCGCUAUUACUGGAGGAGUCAGUCAGGCUAGCCAAGCCAAGUAG